AUGUCUGAUAGUCAGAUUUUCGGCACAGAAAAUCCUGUAGCGAGAGGCUUCCAGAUUGCGUACCUGGUAACUACUGUCGCCUUGUCGGUGGUGUGUGGGUUACUUGUCAUUGUCUUGGUGUGGAAGAAGGAAUAUCUACAGAAGCCUUGCCACUACCUUCGCUGUAACCUAGCCGUGGACGACAUCCUUUUCACCGGCCUGUGUGUCCCGAAUGUCAUCCACAACAUCAGCCAUGGCUACAACCCUGCAAGUUUCACGCUAUGCAGGGUGGAAGGGGCGUUCACACUCGGCUUGCUUCUCUCCAAGACCUGUACCUACCUACUCAUGGCUAUGGACGUGUACUUCUUCAUCAUCCAUCCUCUACACUACAACGACAAGGUAACGACACCACGUGUGGCAUGGGCCAUUGCUGCAGCCAGGACCUUGACCUUCGUCGUUGCCUUGACAUCCGUCGCCGUAGGUGGAUCCGGUAAUACCCAAGAUGUCUCCGAUGUCCUUGUAUGCUUGCCGGGAAUGAACUCCAGCCCGAAGAAUACGGUGUUGGCUAUACUGAUCGUGGUCGUGCCGAUCGCAGUCUUCGUCGUCUUGGCUGUCGGGGCACUGUACUACCGAGUGCUGAAGGAGGCAAGGGAGCAACAGCAUCGGGAUGAGGAUCGCCAUCUACAGCUUCACGAGACCCAGGCCUUCCGAGCUCUCGCGCCACACUUCACGGUCGUCCUGGUCUUCGUGGGCACUGCCAUUUUGUCCUUCAUCUUCGCGCGUGCCGCACAGACUGAAGGGGCAAGCAUCUACCUGUCUGUCGCUAGAAGAGUGGCCAUGCUGCUGAACCUUAGCCUGUCGUACAUCACGGACUCCGUCGUGUACAGUCUGAAGAAGGCAGACUUCAGGCGGGCCAUGGGGGAAGUCCUUCCCUUUAUCAACGAACAGGCACAACCUCAGGUACCCCAUCAUACUGUCCCAAAGGAGGACAAUGGGCUACCUGAGGUGGAUGUGUAA